UCAUAUAUUCUAUUCCAAUAUUUCACUUUGCUAGCUUAUUUAAAUAUUAUUUCUACGUUAUACAUAGUUCUUAAUUUGUAGCAAUAAUGACGAAUUUACCUGAUAGCGACGCACGGUCGUUGCUGAGUAUUUCUUCUAAGUCUGAGAUGAGUACACCGGCUGGGCGUGCCCGGUGGCGGAAUGCCCCAUUGCAUGACCGGUGCACCAUGGCAGACAUGCUCAACAUCCAAGAAGUUUUCCAAGCCGCUUACAGGAAUAAAUUACUCCCCAAUGAAUUUAGGGAUAUGCUUCGCAAUUUACUCAAUGUGGAGUACGAUGAUGAGCAAUUCAAAAUCCUAUUUUUGAAGAUAAAUACUAACCGUAAUGGCGAAAUCGAUUGGGACGAGCUGGUAUCGCACCUACUACUGGGCUACUUCGGCAACGACGCGGAGAACCAGCGGGAGUCGCUGCAGCCGCCCAUCCUGGGCCUGCCCACAGUCAUGCGCUCGCAACAUAGACACCCCAUAUCUAGAAUUUGCUUCUGUCCGGAUGUGCACAAGGAUCGCAGCACGGACCCAAUGCAGGGCUCCUACAUGACGGCGAGCCGCGACGGGAUGAUCAACUGGUGGUCUCUGGACAUGACGCUGCUGAGAACUGCCUUCUCAUCAAGUCCUCACCUGAAGGUGCGCACCACGUGGGUGACAGACAUGGUGUGCAUGCCCGACGUGAACAUCAUAGUGACCAGCUCCACGGAGCGCGACCUCCGCUUCUACGACUGCACAGCCAAGACUUUCACUCUGAAGAUCGUCAUCUACAGUUGGGAGUAUAUGAUCUGUACGAUGUACUACUACUUCCAACAAGAUAUAAAGGAGAACUGCAUCUUAGUGUGCGGAGACGUGGGCGGCAAUCUACGGGUGUUAUUGUUCUCGCCGGUGGACCGCGGGCCAUUCCGCAACGAGGCGGGGCGGGCGUUGAUACAACUACGUCAUAUUGAUCUGCAGAGAAAGCCGCGGUUGCUGCCCGAGUUACGUCUGGUGGAACUCCCGCGCAUACACUCUGAGUGGGUCCGUCAGGUCGGAUUCUACUCUUCGCUACAUUGCGUGGUCUCCUGCGCAACCUGCUACGACUCGCUACUUAUAUGUGACCUUGCUGGCUCUAGGACUCAUAACAUGUUUCAUGUCGAUAAGGGCAUUCAAUGCUUCGCGUUCGACGAGGAAGCGCACGUGCUAGUGACGGGCGGGCCCGAUUGCAUAGUUCGCGUGUGGAAUCCCUUCGUGACUGCGAGAGCCGCUGCCACUUUCUCGGGGCAUAGGGCUGCGGUUCUAGCCCUGGUUCUUCAAAAUCACGGACAGACUAUAUACUCGCUUUCGAGGGAUCGCGUCAUUAAAGUUUGGGACGUUCAGGGACAAGUGUGCAUACAGACUUACAUCGACGUCCCGCCUCAAGUGGGCGAGCACACGCCGAUCUCCUCGGUGUACAACAAGGUGACCCGCGAGUUCAUCCUGGCGGCCAUCAAGAUAGCUAUCCUAGUUCUGGACGAGCAGCUCAAUCCCGAACACACGGACGGGUUCACGCAUUCCCGGGCUGUCGCCAAGAUCCUGUACAACCCGCUGUUUAAAGUCGUCAUCACAUGUGGCAUGGACAGCAUUAUUAUCAACUGGGAUCCUGUGACGGGGAAGCGCAACGCUAUGGUGCGGGAAGCCCACAGCAGGUUGCUGCACGGCGAGCGGCAGCCCGUGGAGAUCACGGCCGCCUGCUUCGACCCCGGGUAUCAACUAUUGCUGACCGGGGCACGGAACGGCACGCUCAAGGUGUGGAAUUUCAACACUGGCGUUGCUCUUAGAAAUUUGGAAAUCGAACAUAUGUGCGAAGUAACUAAUUGUUUUUGGGUUGAAGGAAGAAUAAUGGCAGUGGGUUGGAACCGGCACGUAAUAGAGUUCGAAGACACAGGAACCACCAGCACCGGCAAGAGUUGGGAAACGCGGCACACGGACGACGUCCUGGCGGCCGCGGCUCAUUCGCCAUACACGCUCGCUACGUCGUCCUACAACUCCGAGCUGAUUCUGUGGAAACUUGAAACUGGACAGCCUUUCAGGCGGUUUUCGUGCACGGACCCGAUGUUGCGAAUCAAGAUGAGCUACAACAAGAGAGAAUCCCGCGCGUCCACCAGCGGCGCCUCCGGCCUCGGCAGCAGCAUGCGGCGCGCCUCCAGCAUCCGCAGGCCGAGCUGUGUGCAGCGAGAGACUUUGGACUCAUCAAGUGCAAUGAGAAAGGCGCGUGCGCGACGAGUGUCGACCAUCUCUCUACCGCAACUUGCGCAGAAGAUGAGGCAACUCGCCGUGCACGCUAUGAUCUUCUUGGAGACGAGGCCCUGCGCUAUGAAAGACGCAUCUCUCAUGGUGUCGCUGGAGAACGGGCAGGUGCAGGGCUGGUCGGAGCACCCGGCGGGCGGCUACCAGGGCUCCUUCCAGGGGGUGCACACCGCCGGGGACUAUGUGUCGUCGCUGGCCACUGACCAGGACAACGAGUUCCUCUUUGGAGGCACCACCAUGGGAUACAUCAAGACUUGGCUCAUGACUAAUUAUCUUGUACAGAAAAAGGAGCACAUUAAUAUGCCGCGUCUCCGCUUUAUGUUCCCGUUUCUCUGGCGGGACCGCAUCGAAGGCCGCGCGAAGCGCAGCGCUCGUGGCCAGCUUCCGCUGCUAUUGAACAGCUACCGCGGACAUUUACGUUGUGUAACCACCAUCGCCUACAUCGAUAGUAUGAAGUUGCUGCUCAGUGGCAGUUCGGACUAUAGUGUGCGAGUGUGGAAAUUGUCAGGCGAAUACCUGCAGACCUUGGGCAGCUUCGUACCAUGGAGUUUGGAGGUCACGCGCUUCCCACCCGACGUGAAAAAAGUGGCUAGUUUUACUACGUUCAAGGUGUGGCGCUCCGGUUACGUGUCCCGCUACGUCCCGGGCCAGGUGGAGGUGGACAAAUUGCGGGACAUCACGGAGGCGGAACUAAAGCACAAGACGUUUGGAGAGCCCGCGCCUGAGCCACUGCUGGGCCGCUACUUCCAGCUGCCGCAGAGGCCGGAGCGACAAGACGAUAUCAAACUGGAUGACUCGUUGCAGACCAUCCCCCUGUAUGCGCACCUGCGCAUGGCGUCGACGCAGCCGGUGAAGCGCCCGCCCACGCCCGAGCUCGUGCGGGACACGCGCCUGCGCAAGAGUCGCGGAAAGAAGACGCAUUUCGAAAGCGGUUCUAAACACAACACCACCCCGUAAUGAAGCAAUGCAACUGAAAACGCAUUUUCAGCCUACUGAUGGACAUUGUCUUCGUAAAAACCGCCUUUUUUUAGCCCGAAUUCAUCCAAUACUGUAUAGUAGCAAUCACACCUUUCAUAUCGGUCUAGUAGCAAGCGUUUACGUCCACCCAUUGUUGGGCCUUACUUUUUGAGGGUGAUUUGCCUAUUAAGUGUUUGAACGCGGAAUAAGUCCAAAUGUAUUGCACUUUCUAAGGCCAACAAUGUAUAGCAAAUGGACAUCAAUUUUCAAACGCUUAUAUCUUUUUAACUUCUUUUUUAAUUUAUCACUUCACUUUACCUAUGAAUUAUGUAGAUAAUUUUAUUUAUGAGCGUUAUUUAUUGAGAA